UAUUGUCGUGCAUUUCGCGAUAAGAUAUCACACCACCAUUUAAUUACACCAAUAUAAAAAUAACAUAUAUCUCGCUCGUCCUCCUUAAAAUUAAAUAACAGAAACAAAUCUCCAAUCCAUUUCGCCCAUUCCACAUCCUAACAACCCCCCCAAAUACAUCCACUACAUCGCACCCUCACCGCGUCACCACCACUACCCCGCCAAAACCCCGCCAUCACCACCACCACCACAACCACAACAAUGGCUGACGACCCAGCCUUCAAUCCAGCACUCAUAGUAGUAGAUGUCCAAGAAGGCUUCUGUCCUCCCUCCGGCGCCCUAGCAGUCCCCAACGGCCGCUCCAUCCUCCCCACCAUCAACACCCUCCUCACCUACCCUUUCGUCCUCAAAAUUGCGACUAAAGACUGGCAUCCUGCUGGUCACAUCAGUUUCGCGUCUUCGCACCCCGGUGCUGAACCUUUCACCUCCUUCGCUACUAUAACCAACCUCGAGAACGAGGAGGAGAAGUACGAGAGCAGAUUAUGGUUGGAUCACUGCAUCCAAGGCACGCCCGGCGCUGAACUGGUGAAAGACCUAGACAUCUCCAAAAUCGACAAGAUCCUAGAAAAAGGCCAAAUCAAAUCCGUCGAAAUGUACUCCGCCUUCUACCCCCCCCUCUCCUCUCCCCGCGUGGGCGACAGCGGGUUAUCCACCCUACUCAAGGAAAAGGGGGUGACGGAUGUAUACGUAGUCGGCCUAGCAGCAGACUACUGCGUCGCUGCUACGGCGGAGGAUGCGGUGAAAGAGGGAUUUAGAGCGGUGAUUGUGGAGGAGGGGACGAGGGCUGUUGAUCCGGGGGGGUGGGAGGGGAAGAAGAAGGAGUUGGAGGGGAGGGGGGUGAGAGUUGUGGGGAUGAAGGGGAGGGAGGUGGGGAGGGUGAGGUUGAAUACUAAGGCGUAA